AUGGCAGAUUCUGAUUCAGAUAGUGGUUCGGUUAAGGAGAAUCCAGACUUCAAACCCAAACCCGGUAUAAUCGAACCCAUGCACGUGCGUCUCCCAGCUUACUGGCCCAAAUCGAUCGGUACGUGGUUUAAACAUGUCGAGGCCUCUUUCGCAAUAAAUCGAAUUAGCUCAGAUCUCAGUAAAUACAAUUAUGUUGUAGCAGCGUUGCCACAAGAUGUUGCCGAGUCAAUCAUGGAUGUAUUGGAGGAUCCCCCAGACAACAACCUGUAUAAUAAUUUAAAGGAAGUAUUGACUAGCAGACAUUCCAUGAGUUUGGAGAGAAGAAUUAAGAAAUUAAUAUCGGACGAGGAGAUAGGAAACAGACGACCAUCAGAGUUUUUCCGUCACUUGAAGCAACUAGCAGGUUCAGCCGCUACACCAGGUGAGGAAUUCGUCAAGGAACUUUGGUUGAGUCGUCUUCCACACGUAAUAAACAUCGCUCUAAUUUCGCAAAACGUACAGGAUAUCCAAACCCUAUUAAAAACCGCUGACAAAAUUUGGGAUGCAAUGCAGGAUGCUAGAUCUGUAGUUGCGCCGAUCGCCACAAAGUCUGAGGAGCUCAUCAACCAAAACAAAAUUGCAAACCUGCAGGAAGAAAUUGGCUCCCUUAAGAAAAUAAUCGCUGAAUUAAAAAUUGGAGAUGCUGGGCAUCUUAAGUCGCGAACCCGUUCCAGAGAUAGGACUAGAAGUCGCACCCCUAGCAGAAAAAGAUUUAGGUCUACUGGCCCUUACUGUUAUUUUCAUUUUCGAUUUGGAAAAAAUGCCAGGAAGUGUGUUGCACCAUGCAAGUAUGGAGCAAAAUCAACGGAUCCAAAAAACUAACGUCACCUACUGUUGGGACGGCCAACAGUUUGGUUUCUUCAACAACAAGCCGUCUUUUCAUUAAAGAUAGAGAAAACCAUUUGAAUUUUUUGAUCGAUACUGGGGCUGACUUGUCCGUGGUACCAUUCACCAAUUCCUUUUUGAAUUGCGGGAAAGAUAAAAAUAUUUUUCUUUCAGCAGCCAACGGUACUAAAAUAGAUACAUACGGAACUAGAGUAAUUUCAGUAAAUCUAGGCUUGCGUCGUAAUUUCACGCAUACUUUUGUCGU